CCCCAGCGGGACGGAGCGGACCCGGGCCCGGGCCGCCAUCUCAGCCGGGCCGCCCCUUCCCUCUCGCUGCAGGGCGCCCAGUACGAGCUGAAGGAGAGCCCGGGGGUGCAGCACGCCGCCUUCCCCCCCCACCACCCUGCCUUCUACCCCUACGGGCAGUACCAGUUCGGGGACCCGUCGCGGCCCAAGAACGCCACACGGGAAAGCACCAGCACCCUCAAGGCCUGGCUCAACGAGCACCGGAAAAACCCCUACCCCACCAAGGGCGAGAAGAUCAUGCUGGCCAUCAUCACCAAAAUGACCCUCACCCAGGUCUCCACUUGGUUCGCCAACGCGAGGCGGCGGCUCAAGAAGGAGAACAAAAUGACCUGGGCCCCCCGCAGCAGGACGGACGAGGAGGGCAACUCCUACGGGAGCGACCACGAGGGGGAAGAGGACAAGAGGGAGGACGAGGAGGAGAUCGACCUCGAAAACAUCGACACCGAGAACAUCGAAAGCAACAAGGACGAGCUCGAGGACGAUCUACAGGAUGCCGACCUCCUGCACUCUGACUCCAAGACGGACUCGGAGGGAUCCGAAGGCUUCGAGGACCUGCCCGGCUCCGAGGAGCGCUACGACAAGGCCUCCGAGGGGGAGCCGCACCACCUCCGCCACCACCACCUGAACGCUUUUUUUUUUCCCUUUCCCCUUCUCUUUUUAGAUCGAUCUAGUGCCUUGGAAGUAGAGAAAAAGUUACUAAAGACAGCUUUCCAGCCAGUGCAGAGGCGGCCCCAGAACCAACUUGACGCCGCUAUGGUUCUAUCGGCGCUCUCGUCAUCAUAGUUAAUUUUUUAUUGUUGUUGUAAUGAUUGUAAAAAAAUCUCUGUAUAGUUACAACUUGUAAGCAUGUCCGUAUAUUAAAACUCAAAAGGAAAAAAAAUACCCGCUUCUGUACUAUCACCUGGGUUAGCUGAGCUGUGAGAUUUUUUUCGAAAGUCCAGUGAGAAUUAGGUGUUCCCCCCCUUUUCUUUUUUGUUGUUGUUGUUUGUUUUUGUACAUACCGUAAAAAUGUACAUAUGUGUGAACCAAAUUGUACAAGAAAGUAUAUAUUUUUGGCUAAUAAAUAAACUGUUGCCACUUUGA